AUGUCCUCAUCGCCAAACGAGUCAAAGGCUUUGUGUGACUACCUCGGAAUAGAGGAGGAGGUGGACUAUGGUAGCGAUACCAGUGUCCGCGGUGAUACAGAGACAAUCUGCGGCUCACUGAUGCCUGAGGCACAACCUUCGAACACCCCAAAUCCGUUCUCCGACCGUGGAGAUGCGAGCGUGCCACCAGCGUAG